AGGAAGGAAGUUCUGAGUUCUUCUUUUAUGAUUUAUGAAGAAUCUGAAGGUUGCAGAGUAACCUGCAAGCCUCACUUUAUGAAAAGGAUGGUGGGUUGUGACCUGCUGUGGCUGGCUGCAGCCUCCUGCGUUCUGACACUGGUAUCCCCAUCUACAACACAUCAAGGUUAUGGAAGCCCCAGAAACAGCCCCAAUCCAGACUUAGACUGUGGAUCCCCUGACUCUGGAAACUGCUUUGACCCCUGCCAGAAUCAUACCAUCCUGAAUGAUCCCACCAGAAGCACAGAGAACACGGAGUCAUCAGAGGAGUGUGAUAGUCAUCUGCAUGGCUGGUACCGCUUUGUGGGUGAUGGAGGAGUGAAGAUGCCAGAGACCUGUGUGGAUGUGUACCGGUGCCACACCUUAGCUCCCAUGUGGCUGAAUGGACCUCACCCCAUCCUUGGAGAUGGCAUUGUCAGCCACACAGCCUGUGCCAACUGGAAUGAAAAUUGUUGCUUCUGGAGUUCUGAGGUUCAGGUGAAGACUUGUUCAGGAGAAUCAGGAGAAUAUUAUGUAUACAAGUUACAGGGCACCCCAGAAUGCAGUCUGAGAUACUGCACAGAACCCCCUGUAAAAGGUUGUGAGAUUACUUGUCGUCCUGAGGAGGAAUGUAUACUCCAAAAUAACAACUGGACCUGUGUCUGUAGACAGGACCUCAAUGUUUCUGACACUAGUUUGCAGCCUCUUCUGGACUGUGGAGCUAAGGAGAUCAAGGUGAAGCUGGACAAGUGUUUGCUGGGAGGUAUGGGUUUCAAGGAGGAGAUCGUUGCCUUCCUCAAUGACCGGAACUGCAGAGGUAUCAUGCAAGAUGAGCCCAACAACUGGGUGUCCAUGACCAGCCCUGUUGUGGCUAAUGACUGUGGGAACAUCCUGGAGAACAAUGGGACCCAUGCCAUCUACAAAAACACCCUCUCCUUGGGCAUCGAUUUCAUUAUCAGGGACUUCUUCGUCAACGUCAACUUCCAGUGUGCCUACCCACUGGACAUGAACAUCAGCCUCGCAACUGCACUCCGGCCCAUUGUAAGUUCCCUGACUGUUAAUGUGGAUGGAGCAGGAGAGUUCACUGUCAAGAUGGCCCUCUUCCAAGACCAGAGCUACACAAACCCUUAUGAAGGAAAAGAAGUGUUACUUCCAGUGGAGGCUAUACUCUAUGUGGGUGCCCUCUUGAAUAGUGGAGAUACCUCGAGGUUCAAACUGUCGCUGACCAACUGCUAUGCUACCCCUUCAAAAGACAGGAAUGACCCUGUGAAGUACUUCAUCAUCAGAAACAGUUGCCCAAACCAACAGGAUUCCACCAUCAAUGUGCAAGAGAAUGGUGUGUCCUCGGAAAGCCGAUUUUCAGUGCAGAUGUUCAUGUUUGCUGGAAAUUAUGACCUAGUUUUCCUGCAUUGUGAGGUUUACCUGUGUGACUCUACUACUCAACAGUGUCAACCAUCUUGCCCUGCAAGUCGACUUCGCAGCAGUGAACCAGUCAUCGACUAUACUCGGGUUCUGGAUUUAGGACCCAUCACUAAGAGAAGUGCUCAGACUUCUAAUACCUCGAACGGGACUCCUAGCACUACAGGGUUCCUACUGGCCUGGCCCAUGUUCUUCCUGCCUGUCUUCCUGGCUCUGCUGUUCUGAGAGGCCAGCUGAGCACCUGGCCUUGAAGUUCUUCCCUCUGGCAAUGGCUCAUAUUCAUUCUCCAGUAGAACUGGAUCCCGCUGUGAAUCAUGUGAACAGCCCAGGAAAUGUAAUGCAGAUUGAUAACUUCUGGGUAAAGUCCUGUUAGUGGGUGGGAAGAGGCAAAUCCCAUGAUUCUUUCAAAUUUUCUCUUGUCUUGAGAGCUGAUACCUUGAAUACAUCGACCCUUGCAUUUAUUCUA